AUGGCGCUUCUUACUGCUCGAGAUGCGAUCCACGCCGAUGACCUGGAACGAUAUGAUGAAGUCAUGAAGACGAUUGCCGGCAAUCAGAUCCUUAACUUUUACCCUGAGAACCAAGUGAUCAAGCUCGAUAUUCAUGAAUACCCCACCGAGCAGAUUGUCCGGUCCGAGGCGUUCAAGCCGAGCCGAGAUGCCGAUGCGUACUUUAAACAGGAGGAGGAAUUGGCAAAAGAGUUUCUUCAACAAUAUUCUGGAGAAGGAACAGUAAAUUAA